AUGCUCCUCCACACUCCAGCCACCGUCCCACGCUCUCCACACUCCAGCCACCGUCCCACGCUCUCCACACUCCAGCCACCGUCCCACGCUCUCCACACUCCAGCCUCCAGCCACCGUCCCACGCUUCCCACACUCCAGCCACCGUCCCACGCUCUCCACACUCCAGCCACCGUCCCACGCUCUCCACACUCCAGCCACCGUCCCACGCUCUCCACACUCCAGCCACCGUCCCACGCUCUCCACACUCCAGCCACCGUCCCACGCUCUCCACACUCCAGCCACCGUCCCACGCUCUCCACACUCCAGCCACCGUCCCACGCUCUCCACACUCCAGCCACCGUCCCACGCUCUCCACACUCCAGCCACCGUCCCACGCUCUCCCACACUCCAGCCACCGCUCCCACACUCGUCCCCACACUCCAGCCACCGUCCCACGCUCUCCACACUCCAGCCACCGUCCCACGCUCCCCACACUCCAGCCACCGUCCCACGCUCCCCACACUCCAGCCACCGUCCCACGCUCCCCACACUCCAGCCACCGUCCCACGCUCUCCACACUCCAGCCACCGUCCCACGCUCUCCACACUCCAGCCACCGUCCCACGCUCUCCACACUCCAGCCACCGUCCCACGCUCUCCACACUCCAGCCACCGUCCCACGCUCUCCCACACUCCAGCCACCGUCCCACACUCUCCCCACACUCCAGCCACCGUCCCACGCUCUCCACACUCCAGCCACCGUCCCACGCUCCCCACACUCCAGCCACCGUCCCACGCUCCCCACACUCCAGCCACCGUCCCACGCUCUCCACACUCCAGCCACCGUCCCACGCGUCCCACACUCCAGCCACCGUCCCACGCUCCCCACACUCCAGCCACCGUCCCACACUCCAGCCACCGUCCCACGCUCUCCACACUCCAGCCACCGUCCCACGCUCUCCACACUCCAGCCACCGUCCCACACUCCAGCCACCGUCCCACGCUCCCCACACUCCAGCCACCGUCCCACGCUCUCCACACUCCAGCCACCGUCCCACGCUCUCCACACUCCAGCCACCGUCCCACGCUCUCCACACUCCAGCCACCGUCCCACGCUCUCCCCACACUCCAGCCACCGUCCCACGCUCUCCACACUCCAGCCACCGUCCCACACUCCAGCCACCGUCCCACGCUCUCCACACUCCAGCCACCCGGAACGGUAGUUCUGGCAUCAACACUAAUUGCUUCAGCGUCGGUAAAAUGGGACACGGUGAUCAAGUACACGGUACACAAGGACACGGUACACAAGGACACGGUGAUCAAGUACACGGUACACAAAGACACGGUACACAAAGACACGGUACACAAGGACACGGUACACAAGGACACGGUACACAAGGACACGGAACACAAGGACACGGAACACAAAGACACGGUACACAAAGACACGGUACACAAAGACACGGAACACAAAGACACGGAACACAAAGACACGGUACACAAAGACACGGUACACAAAGACACGGUACACAAGGACACGGUACACAAGGACACGGUACACAAGGACACGGUACACAAAGACACGGUACACAAAGACACGGUACACAAAGACACGGUAUACAAAGACACGGUACACAAAGACACGGUACACAAAGACACGGUACACAAAGACACGGAACACAAAGACACGGUACACAAAGACACGGUACACAAAGACACGGUACACAAAGAAACGGUACACAAAGACACGGUACACAAAGACACGGAACACAAAGACACGGAACACAAAGACACGGUACACAAGGACACGGUACACAAAGACACGGUACACAAAGACACGGUACACAAAGACACGGUACACAAAGACACGGAACACAAAGACACGGAACACAAAGACACGGUACACAAAGACACGGUACACAAAGACACGGUACACAAGGACACGGUACACAAGGACACGGUACACAAAGACACGGUACACAAGGACACGGUACACAAAGACACGGUACACAAAGACACGGUACACAAAGACACGGUACACAAAGACACGGAACACAAAGACACGGUACACAAAGACACGGUACACAAAGACACGGUACACAAGGACACGGAACACAAGGACACGGAACACAAAGACACGGUACACAAAGACACGGUACACAAAGACACGGAACACAAAGACACGGAACACAAAGACACGGUACACAAGGACACGGUACACAAAGACACGGUACACAAGGACACGGUACACAAGGACACGGUACACAAAGACACGGUACACAAGGACACGGUACACAAAGACACGGUACACAAAGACACGGUGCACAAAGACACGGAACACAAAGACACGGAACACAAAGACACGGUACACAAGGACACGGUACACAAGGACACGGUACACAAGGACACGGUACACAAGGACACGGUACACAAAGACACGGUACACAAGGACACGGUACACAAGGUAAACUGGAAAACUUGUUUCCCAAUGCAGGUUUCCAAAUGA